AUGGCCAGUGCCACCGUUCCACCGGAAUACCUGCAAGCAAACCACAAAAAAGGAGACCCGCCUCCUUUCGGGGCCGUUGACAAUGUCCAGACAAUUCGACUCAGUGGGCAGCCAGACGCAGUCGGCGAGACACAGCCAGCUGAUUGUCCGACUAUCAUGAUCAGCACUGCGACGCCGGCGGGAGACCAUGUUAAUGGGUGGAAGGAGAUCCCAAUAGUUGCGGGCUUUGACCUGAACAGGCUCGUGGUUGACCAAGACACGGAUGCUACCCUGCCAUACUACGUCGAGAACACCAAAGACCUGACACAGAUUAAACGCGUCGUGAUUACGACGGCCGGUAUAUGGAGGAACGGCUGGAAAUACGCCAACAACAUCCGCAACGCCCUCAUCUGCGCCGCCGGCCGCGAAAGCGUGAACGCAGACAUGGACAAGAUCCUCGUCGCCGCACCGCAGUGGCUGAAUAAGGAAGACGUCGCUAUGGGCGCCGCGCAGCCGGACGAUGUCUACUACCAUAAGAAUACGUACCAGCGGGGCGGGCCUGCCGUUGGGCCAGGAGAUGUGCGGAUGUCGAGUUAUGAAGCGCUGGAUAAGUUCAUCGCAAUGUUCUGGGAUAAGGACGUUUACCCAGCGGUGGAGAGUAUUGCGUUCGCGAGUCAUUCCCUCGGUGCUCAGACCGUCCAACGCUACGCAAUGCUCCGCCCCUCCCAACCAGAAGACAGCCGAAUAACCUACGGCAUCAUGAACCCCGGCUCCUUCGCCUGGCCCGUGGAAUCUCGCCCCAUCCCCCCCUCCUCCCAACCAUCCUGCUCCGACCCGGCAGUCUACGACGCCUGGCACUACGGCAUCGGGCCCGGAAAGCCGACCCGGAUCCCGAAGUACGUGCGCGACGAGGUGCUCGAGAACCGCGGGCUCAUCACGGAGCGGUUCGCGUUCAGACAUGUCUUCUAUGGCUUUGGGCUGGACGAUCAUGGCAAGGGCGAUACGCAUUGCGAGGCGCAGUUGCAGGGGGGGACGCACCUUGAGCGUGGGCGGAAUUUCAUGAGUAUGCUGCAGAAUCUGCCCGGGGGGUAUCCGGUGAAUCAUUCUGUGGAGUAUGUGGAGGGGGUUAGUCAUUUGGAUUAUCAUAUGGUGUGUUCUUCCCUUGCUCUGCGAAGGGCUGGUUUGGGUUGCGUGGCUGACAGGGAUGCAGAUGGUUUCGGAGCAGAUGCAGAAGAAGAUGUUUCUGUUGGAUUAGUGAGUCGAACUGGAUGA